CCUUCGUCGGACUCUGUCCCAGGCAAAGCUCCGGCGUGCUGGGUUCUCCGCCUCCGUGACAGCAACGCUUGGAGUCCCCGUUGCGGUGGAAACAAGUCAACAAGAUCCAGAACAGUAGCUGACCACUUGUGCCAAAGUGCAACGCGGGUGUGAGGAAGUGGGAUCCAGUUUCCAAAGAGAGAAAUUGUGAGCUGGUAUUACUGUUGACAAGACAGGUCAAAUAAUUGAACUUCUCACAAAACUCAAGGAUAGAAAAAAGGAAUUAAAACAAGACCUAAAACAUGAAAUGGAGACUUCGCAAAACCUAUUAAAGCAACUUCUGGCAGCUUCCCAGGAAGGACAGAGAUGACUUGCAGACAGAGAUAAAACCUUUGUAGGGGCAUUAGCUCCAAAGUGACUUGGCAGAUUGGGAAACCCAGCUAUAAAAAGGUUUCUUAAUCAUACUCUCCAACAUCUGAGUAGCACAGAUAAUGGGAUGUCAAGAAGGAUGAACGAGGUGACCAUCAAUCUGCCUGUCAUGGACUUGAAGGUUUUCCAGGAAAUAGGGGAGACGAGGCAAGCUGUGGCCAAGCUGGAAUUCACUAACAGAGAUGAGCUGCAGCAAGGACUUAAAGUUACAUUGAGAAGGAAAUCAAACAUCAUAGGCCACAGUGAAAGGCAGCUGUGUGGAUGAGGAAUUUGGCCAGCUGGAGGACUUGGUUUGUUUGGAGUGUUGGUGGAUCCCUGCUGCAUUGUGCCAGGGUGUGUGUCUGUAUGCUCUCUCAUCCAGAAUGCAGUACAAGAGUUUUCAAUCUACAAGCCCAUUGAGACCCUUUUCAGCAAGAUGAUGGUUACAGAUGUUAAGGACAGUAAAGGAAAUAGUCACAUAGCAAGCAUCAGAAUGAACAACAUCCUCUUCAGCUCUGUACGGAGGCAGCCGAUAGAGCGAGUUGGUGGAUGAUUUAUGUUUUGUACUCUGUUCUUUUACAAUAUUUUAAGCGGGGAAAACUUUUUAAAAGUAAUAAUGAAUUCACGGAUAUUUUGCUUUCUUGUUGUGCUUGUUCUUAGUAUUUCAGUUUCAUUAGUUCUUUAUACUAUUAGUUCACCUGAGCAAAAAAACCUUCGGAAGUUGAACCUCUCAGGGAGUUCUAUCUUAGCAGAAGCCUGUAAUGCACUUAUUAAAGAGAAGGCAUUUUUUGUACAAGAAAACACAUUAAAAAUGUCAUUUGGGAGAACCAGUUGCACCAAAUACUUAAUUCAAAAUCACUAUAUAACCAGCCCUCUCUCGGCAGAAGAAGCUGCCUUUCCUUUGGCUUAUAUCAUAACCCUUCAUAAGGAACUUGAUACUUUUGAAAGACUUUUCAGGGCUAUUUAUAUGCCCCAAAACGUUUACUGUAUCCAUGUGGAUAGGAAAGCAACUGCUCAGUUUAAGCAAGAUGUGGAGAAGUUAUUGAACUGUUUUCCCAAUGCUUUUCUUGCCUCUAAAAUGGAGCUAGUGGUAUAUGCUGGAAUAUCCAGACUUCAGGCAGAUUUGAACUGCAUGAAAGACCUGCUGGAAUCAGGAGUUCGGUGGAAGUACCUUCUCAACACAUGUGGACAAGAUUUCCCCUUGAAAACCAACAAGGAAAUAGUUCAGUAUCUGAAAAAAUUUAAAGGGAAAAACAUCACUCCUGGACGUCUGCCUCCUGCCCAUAUUCUCAGAAGGACCAAAUAUAUCCACAGGGAACAAAUAUAUAGUUUCACUUCUUUCAUGCUGCGGACCUUUGUACGAAAAGCACCACCUCCACACAAUCUGAUCAUCUACUUUGGCUCUGCUUAUAUUGCGGUCACAAGGGACUUUACCGAGUUUGUUCUCAGAGACCAGCGUGCCAUUGAUUUACUUGCAUGGUCCAAGGACACCUAUAGUCCAGAUGAACAUUUCUGGGUGACACUCAAUUCGAUACCAGAUGUCCCUGGUUCCAUGCCAAAUGCAUCCUGGGAAGGUAACCUGAGAGCUAUCAAGUGGAGUGAUAAUGAAAGCUCUCAUGGAGGUUGUCAUGGCCAUUAUGUCAGAGGCAUUUGUAUAUAUGGAACAGGUGACCUAAAGUGGCUACUUAAGUCUUCAAGCAUGUUUGCUAACAAGUUUGAACUCAAAACAUACCCACUCACUGUAGAAUGCUUGGAACUGAGUCUUCGAGAGAGAGCGCUGAACCAGAGUGAGACACAGGUGAAGCCAAGUUGGUACUUUUAAAUUAACAACUCAGAAUGGAAAUAAAACUCCAACUGCAAUGGCUCUGGAAGAAUAACCUCCCCAGAAAGACUUCUCUUUCGGGACUUCAGUACGGGUAGUUUGUGAUGUCUUGAGUGGAAGGUUUGAGUGCAGAUCAUACAAUACUGGAGAGACCAAAAAGGAGGCUGAGGAAAUGGUUCUGUUGGCUUUGCUGUAUAUGCACUUUUGGCAUGUGUGGCUGGACAGUGUCAGUGCUGACUUGAGCCUGGCAAUAAUAUAUAUUUAAAUAAAUAUCAUGUAUCCCUAAAAUUUCAUGCAGCAACAUAAAAUCCAGAGCAUAUUAAUGAGGAAGAGUUAUCCUUUUUUGAAGGAAGCAACCACCAUCAACAAGAUCUUAAAGAUAAAUCCAGGUGCACAGUUUGACUUCAUGCAUACAGAAACCAGAGUCACUGACAAAAAAUACCCUACAUGCAUUUGGCACAGGGAAUAGCAUUUGGUAUUUUUGACUCCCUAAAUGGGCAGCAAGUGGGAAGCAGAAGGAAUGUUUCCAGAUCUGCUUGGUCCCUUCCAAAGCAUUCUGGGAAUUGGGGGAAGACAACUGGGAGUUAGACAUUUUCAUACUUAUAACUCCGAGCUUUUGAGAAUAACUCAGUCAUUCCAUCUUAUACUGUGAAACAUGCUAAUAGUCUGAGUUUUAGUUUCCUAGACUGUAUAUACUUAGCACAGAAAAUACCUGUUAGUUAUACUGUAUUAAGAUUCACACCCCCCACGCCAGCCACUAGAUAUGUAAGCAGGACUGACAUUCCAGCCACACACGCAAGGCCUGAUGCAAAGCUCCCUGAAGACAACUGAAAGUCUCAAUAGACCAGCCAGGACAUUGCUUGGUACGCAGCAAACAGACCAAACAAACAAACAAAAAACCCAAUCCCGCACCUAGAACUUUCAAAAGUAUUUUAAGUCUCCCAAACAUGAUGGAUGGUACGUGUAGUUUUCACCCUAAUGUUCCCCACUCUGAGGAACCCCCUAUUUUUCUGGAAAAGUCAAAGGAAAACAAAGCAAAAAAACCACAAAAUAAAAACUACAGUUGUGGGCACCUCUUUCUUUGUUGUGGAAGAUUGUAUAUUCUGGGCACAUAGUACUAAUAGAAGGAGUUUCAGACUGUGCCAUCACAAAGGCAUUCAAAUAGACUAUUUUCAGGGCAGAAACUUGGACUGAAUUCCUGUUCAACUUUGCUAAUGGAAGGAGUUUCCUGACAGCAAAGCUGGCACAGCAAUCGGCUGUGGAAACUACAGAGAGAGUAGGAAGACAGACAGAUGGGGCAGAAGAAUUAGUUUUUCCAAAAGCGACUAGUAAUUUGGAGGGGGCCUUCACUUUUGGCUGCCCAAUUUGAGACUCUUUAAAAGGUGCCUGACUUUUCAGAAGACAGGGGCUCAGCUCUUUCCAGCAGUGAUAUCUCAAGUUGGGCACCCAGAAAUGGACACACACAAAGCUCAAAGUCACUUUUGAAAAUGUAGGCCAAGAUUUAAAGAAGGGAAAGGAUCCUGACAACCUGAUAAGAAUAAUGGAAGUACCACAAUGUACAAAGAGGGCAGGAGGUAGAAAUGGACUGUCCCAGACUGAGAACCAGAGGCAAAUAAGGGAUAAUAAAAACCAACAAGAGCAGAAGCAGCAAGUUCAGCAAUUUAAGAGACCAACAACAGGAUAUUUUGCACUGAAUUCUCUAAAAAUGAGCAGUACCAAGUGGAUCCAGUCUUGAAAGCUCUCACACUUUCCCAUUUGAGUAAUGUGAUAGCAGAAUUCUUAACACUUAGAAGCUCACAAAGCACAGCUGUCUGUUCAGAGUUAAUACUGGUGGCCUAAGUACUGACACAAUUCAACUCCUGUUAAUGUCUCUUCCUUGAAUGAUAGUCAAUGUUAUAUUUUCAUGGAAAUAAAUUAUUUUGGUUUCGU